AUGGCCAGCGCCGCGGAUCCCCCGGGCGAGGCGGCCGAGUACCUGCAGGAACUGGCCAGGAUCGUCGCGGCUCAGCAGGAGCUGCUGGCGCGCCGGGGGCGGCGCAUCGCGGAGCUGGAGCUCCAAGUGGCGCGGCUGAGCAGGGAGAAGGCCGGCCUGCUGGAGCGGCACCGGCGCCACCUGGCCGCGCGCGCGCGCCCGGCCCCCGGCCCCGGCCCGCAGCCUCUGGGCGCCACCCCGCAGCUCUGCGGCCGCCGCGACAAGUCUGGAAGAGAAAGCUGGGGCAUCAGUGUGGAGGGCGAGGCCCCCAGCAGUGAGACCUGCACAUCAUUGGACAGUCCCUCGGCCUAUCAUCAGGACCCCUUAGCACCUGGCUCCAGCCUGAACCCGGACCAUUACGAACACACGUCUGUGGGCGCCUAUGGGCUGUACUCAGGGCCACUGGGGCAGCGCACACGGAGGCCCAAGCUGCAGCACUCAACCUCUAUUCUACGCAAGCAGGCCGAGGAGGAGGCCAUCAAACGCUCACGUUCCCUCUCUGAGAGCUAUGAGCUCUCCUCGGACCUGCAGGACAAGCAGGUGGAGAUGCUAGAACGGAAGUAUGGGGGACGCCUCGUGACCCGCCAUGCAGCCCGCACCAUCCAGACAGCCUUCCGUCAGUACCAGAUGAACAAGAACUUUGAGCGCCUGCGCAGCUCCAUGUCGGAGAACCGUAUGUCCCGCCGCAUUGUGCUGUCCAACAUGAGGAUGCAGUUCUCCUUUGAGGGGCCUGAGAAGAUGCACAGCUCCUACUUUGAAGGGAAGCAGGUCUCAGUGACCGAUGACGGCUCUCAGCUGGGGGCCCUGGUGCCAUCUGAGGGCAGUGACUUCGGUGAGCCACCAUCCCUCAAGUCUUCAGCCCCAUCCGGUGAUUUCGCAGAUGCCAUCACUGAGCUGGAGGAUGCCUUCUCCCGGCAAGUGAAAUCCCUGGCCGAAUCCAUCGAUGAUGCCCUCAACUGCCGCAGCCUUCAUGCUGAGGAAACGCCAGUCACUGACUCAGGGCGAACCCGGGCCACCGAGCCCCAGGCAGCCCUGCACACUGUGGACCACCACAAACUGGAUGAGAUGACAGCCUCAUACAGUGACGUCACCCUGUAUAUUGAUGAGGAGGAAUUGUCACCACCUCUGCCCCUCUCCCAGGUGGGGCAACGGUCAUCCAGUGCUGAGUUAGACCUGCAACUGCGGGCUGGGGGUGCCGCCCAGGACUACUGGGCCUUGGCUCACAAGGAUGAUAAGGGGGACACAGACACAAGCUGCCAGAGCACACCAUCUCUUGAGCAGCAGGAGCAGCGGCUGCGGGUGGAACACCUCCCACUGCUCACCAUUGAGCCUCCCAGUGACAGCUCAGUGGACCUCAGCGACCGCUCAGAACGUGGCUCACUCAAGAGGCAGAGUGCCUAUGAGCGCAGUCUCAGUGGACAGCAAGGCAGCCCCAAGCCCAGCCCCCACUAUGGCCCCCCUAAGGGUCUGCCCCGGGAGGAGCCAGAGUUGCGAGCCCAGCCUUCCAGGCCCCUUGAUGGCCACCUAGCCAUCAAUGGCUCAGCCAACAGGCAAAGCAAGUCCGAGUCAGACUACUCAGAUGGGGACAACGACAGCAUCAACAGCACUUCCAAUUCCAAUGACACCAUCAACUGCAGCUCUGAGUCAUCAUCCCGCGACAGCCUGCGGGAACAGACGCUCAGCAAGCAGACCUACCACAAGGAGACCCGCAACAGCUGGGAUUCACCUGCCUUCAGCAACGAUGUCAUCCGCAAGAGGCACUAUCGCAUUGGCCUCAACCUCUUCAACAAGAAGCCUGAGAAGGGCAUCCAGUACCUCAUUGAGCGUGGCUUUGUGCCAGACACACCAGUGGGAGUAGCCCACUUCCUGUUGCAACGCAAGGGCCUGAGCCGGCAGAUGAUUGGCGAGUUCCUGGGCAACAGGCAGAAGCAAUUCAACCGCGAUGUGCUGGACUGCGUGGUGGAUGAGAUGGACUUCUCUGCCAUGGAGCUGGAUGAAGCCCUCAGAAAGUUCCAGGCGCAUAUCCGGGUCCAGGGAGAGGCACAGAAGGUGGAGCGGCUCAUCGAGGCCUUCAGCCAGCGGUAUUGCAUCUGCAACCCUGGGGUGGUUCGGCAGUUCCGGAACCCAGACACCAUCUUCAUCCUGGCCUUCGCCAUCAUCCUGCUCAACACAGACAUGUACAGCCCCAACGUCAAGCCUGAGCGCAAGAUGAAGCUGGAGGACUUCGUCAAGAACCUCCGAGGUGUGGACGAUGGUGAGGACAUUCCCCGAGAAACACUGAUAGGUAUCUAUGAACGGAUUCGCAAGCGGGAGCUGAAAACCAAUGAGGACCACGUGUCCCAGGUGCAGAAGGUGGAGAAGCUUAUCGUGGGGAAGAAGCCGAUUGGAUCCCUGCAUCAUGGGCUUGGCUGUGUUCUUUCUCUGCCUCACCGGCGGCUGGUCUGCUACUGCCGACUCUUCGAGGUUCCAGACCCAAAUAAGCCCCAGAAACUCGGACUGCAUCAACGAGAAAUCUUCCUGUUUAACGACCUCCUGGUGGUCACCAAGAUCUUCCAGAAGAAGAAGAACUCAGUGACAUACAACUUCCGGCAGUCUUUCUCCCUGUAUGGCAUGCAGGUCCUGCUCUUCGAGAGCCAGUUCUACCCCAAUGGCAUCCGGCUCACAUCUGCAGUCCCUGGAGCAGACAUAAAAGUAUUAAUAAACUUCAAUGCUCCCAAUCCUCAAGACCGGAAGAAAUUCAGCGAUGACCUGAGGGAGUCCAUCGCGGAGGUGCAGGAGAUGGAGAAGCACAGGAUAGAGUCCGAGCUUGAGAAACAGAAGGGUGUUGUGCGGCCCAGCAUGUCCCAGUGCUCCAGCCUCAAAAAGGAGUCUGGCACUGGGACACUGAACCGAGCCUGCCUGGACGACAGCUACGCCAGCAGCGAGGGCCUCAAGCGCAGUGCCCUCAGCAGCUCCCUGAGGGACCUCUCAGAAGCUGGGAAGCGAGGGCGUCGCAGCAGUGCAGGAUCGCUAGAGAGCAAUGUGGAAUUUCAGCCUUUCGCGACACUGCAGCCACCAGUGCUGUGUUCCUAA